AAAAAAAAAAAAUUAUUAUGAAGAACCUUUCCUUGAUUGCUCUCUUUGCUCUUGUUGCUACUUCCAUGGCUGCUCCCUCUCGACGUGACACUGGUGAUGCUUGUCAACAAGCCAGUACCGCUACUUGCAGCAAUGAUUAUCAAGUUACUAAGGAUUGUUGCGCUGCUACUCAAGGUAAACCUAUCUUUUUUGAUGAAUGGGCCCAUAAAUGUACACAUCCUUUCGGUGGUCUCAACUGGGAUAAGUUUACUGCUUGUUGUACUUCCCGUGUCCCGGCAGAAGGUAUCAAAGAUCCAAAAGAAGGAAGACAAGAAAACCAUUGA